AUGUCCGAAAAGACUUUCCGCGCCUACAGCCAGGAGCAGGGUAAAAACUACGCUCAGCUGCGCCUCGACUACAAUGAAAGCCUUUACCAAGCCAUCCUUGACUUCCAAAAAGCCGGCUCCGGCCAAUUCGAUACCAUCAUCGAUAUUGGCUGUGGUCCUGGAACCGCAGUCCGCAAGCUUGCGCCAAACUUCAAAAAUGCCAUUGGUCUUGAUCCUUCAGAGGGAAUGAUCAGCACUGCUCGAUCCCUCAGCACCCCAGAUGAGGGCAUCCGCUUUGAGGUGUCAUCGGCAGAGACACUCGGCUCUGAGCUUGAGACGCCUAUUCCCGAAGAGAGCGUUGAUGUCAUCACUGCUGCUACAUGCGCUCACUGGUUCGACAUGCCGAGCUUCUGGGAGCGAGCUGCCAAGGUCCUCAAGCCUGGCGGCACAGUCGCUUUCUGGACCGGUGGCGAUCUUCGUGUCGACAAGACCAUGGCCGAGCACGUUGCCCUCCAAGCCGUUAUCGAUGAACUCGAUGAACAGCUACAGGACUUCUUCCUGCCAGGCAACCUGCUCACCCGCGACUUGUAUCGCCGCAUCCCCCUCCCAUGGACUUGUCCAACUCCUGUGCCUGAAUUCGACGAGUUAUCUUUCAAGCGGCUGGAGUGGAACACAGGCCCUGUUUCUCCAUCUGACUGCUUCUUUGCCAAGAAGCAGCCUCUCCCACCUGUCUUGAUCGAGCUGAUGCUCGGAACCGCCAGCCCAGUUACAAGAUGGCGGGAGGCCCACCCAGAGGCGGUGGGCACCGAACAAGAUGUUUUGCGGAUCAUGAGAAGGAAGCUUGAGAAGAUCCUUCACGACUCUGGCGUCGAGGAGGGCGCAGAGCUGGUCCAUGGUGACAUGGAGGGGGCCUUGCUGUUGGUGCGAAAGAAGGCUGCCUAG